AUCAGGUGCAACUUGUAUUGCCGCCAUCUUUAUUGGCAAAUGGAAGACAAAAUGUCUCGACGUAAAGUGAAUGGAUAGGCAUUGUCACAAAUUUAGUUACUGACCAGUUUAGAUUUUGUAUUCUUUAUGAUGGCAUCUGAAGGUGGUGGCAAGAUACGACCUAAACGCAAUCAGGGUGGAAGUAAACCGUAUGAUCGGAAGUCGUCUCUUUUUGGGAAGAUCAAAAGUUCUGUAAAAGACUUACUGAUACCAUCAUGGCUUUCUCGAGGAUCUGGUGACAGUGACACUGAUGUGAACGGCCAGGAAUCUGGAAGACAGGUAUCGCCAACUGGAUAUGCUGGAGGAUUGAAUGAACUCACUGACUUCUCAGGAAUCCUUGAUGGACGAUUAAAUAGUGGAAUAAGUAACGAAAAUCAAGAAGCCAUUGAACCUGCAAUGAACUCUGGAUUAGUCAGACCAAGUAAUGGGCAAGACAAAACUCAGUCAGGAACAUCUUUGGAUACUGCACAGAAGUACCAUGUUCCAACUGUUGGAGUGGGGUCCAGAAGUCAGAGAGAAAGUUGGUUUUCCAAAUAUAAAUCAACCAGUUUCUCUGCUUCUUCAAGUAGUCAUCCAUCAGGCUGUGUGACUGCUAAGGAAUCAACGCACCUUAGAAUGUCUGACUCAUAUUCUACGGAAGAUAACAAAGAGGUGGAAGCCACCCCUAUAAAACCGAUCAUGGUUUCCACUGGAAGCUUCACCAAAUCUUCUGCUGUGCCUGUGUCAAAGAAACAAAGAUUGUGGAGUCCAGAGAUAGCAAGACAAGGGAAGCCAUUCGUUCCACCUUCCACAGAAAAGCCUGCAUUUAACUCACUUUUGUUUGGAAGCCUUAUUAAUAAGAACGAUGCAUCUUUGUUUGGAGACAGUUUUGGGGAAUCUUCAUUUUAUGCUGGAAAGACACGGUAUGGAGGAGCAUCUACAGAAAGAAAGCAAUCAUUGAAUAAAUCACUUCCCUACCAGACAUCAUUACCCCUCAGGAAGCAAGUUAAAGCAAACAAACUGAACAACAGUUAUCAAGCCACUACAAGUGCCACUGCUCAGAGAAUCUUGGAAACACUGGACAGGAUGUCUACCCCACUUGGAGAUGCAAAAAAGAUUCCUACAGCAGAGGCAGCAAACGACUCCAUUUUGUCCUUUACACCCACUUCCUAUAGACGAACAUCCAUUCUGGGAAUGUCCAGUUCUGCAACAAGACCUUUGCAGUUCCCGUCAAGAGGCCCCCCUACAAGUCAGUAUCAAGCAGCUAGUCAAGCUGUGAUUGCUAAAAAUAGAUAUCGGCCUUCAGAAAGAGACCAUCAACACGUCUCAUCAGGGAGUAUUGAAAAAGAGACUUCAGUGGAAAACCUGCAUCCUGGAUUUUCAGUGUCAGUCACUCAGGAGAGCACAGUUGUUCACGAAAAUAAAGAGGAUGCAUCUGGUAAAGAAUCUGAAGCGUCCAGUGUGGGCACAGGUACAGGCAAGAUAAAGACAAAAAAAUUUUCCCAGCAUAUGUCAUCCAAGAAGGAGGAGAAUGAUGAUGCACAAGAGGUACCCAACCUGAGGACAGAUUUUACGCUUCCUGUGGCCAGUAUGGACCCCAUCUCCUUUCAAAGUUUUCCUGUCAAGUCUCACACUGUGGCUCAAACCAGCAUUCCAUUGUCAUCUCUUCAGUCUGAUGUCUCGCCCCUCAAGUUCACCUUUUCAACUCCAAUUCAGGAGAAACGUCAACCUGCCAACUAUCAUACAUUAAACUUUGAGGACAAGGACUUUGUCUUUAGUUCCCCUAUCAAAGCUUCAGCAGCCAAGACUUCAGCAGCCAUGAAUUCAGCAGCCAAGACUUCAGCAGCAGGGGCUGAAGAGGGUGCAAAGACCUCACCAGAACCUGCUGUUGGGGCUUCGUCUGUGGCAGGAAUUGGUGUUUCUUCUGCAGCUUUUUCACCUGCCCCAGUUCCAUCUUGGGGCUCCACUGCUCCAAAGCCAAAGACUUUGUCUCCUGAUAUUGGAGGCACAUCGUCAAGUUUCAAGUCCUAUUCCAAAUGGGGAAGCAGCAAGAGCAACAGUGACAUUUCUGCAGCCUCUGAAAACCCAGGCUUUUCUUUGGCACCGGCUUCCUCACUCAAAUCUGGUUCUGUGAUGGAUAUACUAGGUGAUGGAAAAUCAUUGAGCUCACCAGUUGCACCUGCUUUCCUGAAGACGGAUGAUUUAAUGGCAAAGUUCAAAAAGCCUCCUGGUGCUUGGGACUGUGGGACUUGUAUGCUUGGGAAUACUGCAGGUGCACAGAAGUGUGUAGCAUGCGAAACGCCCAAACCUAGAGCCAGAAAGACUGAUUCCACGACUGUGUUGAAAGCUCCAACAGCCAGUGCCACAAGUACUCCACCGGCCACUGAUGACUUCCUAGCUAAAUUCAAGAAACCUGCAGGUAGCUGGGAAUGUGAUACAUGUAUGCUGACAAACAAGCCAGAUGCUGUGAAGUGUGUGGCUUGUGAGGCACCAAAGCCAGGAGCCAAAUCAUCGCAAGCUGGGGAAGCAGGAAAUAAACCUUCUCUUGGCGCACUGUUCAAGAAACCCUCAGGAAGUUGGGAGUGUGAUACUUGCAUGGUGCAAAAUUCUACUGGGGCUCUUCGUUGUGUUGCCUGUGAUUCUCCGAAGCCAGGACUGCAGUCAGCUGGUGUUGUUCCAAAAUCAUCUAUAAACGGUACUGAUGCACCAGCAGUGAAGUUAAAUCCAGGGGGCGGAUUUUCAAUUAGUCUGCCAGCUGCGACCACUGCAACCACUGUUGGCUCAGGAGGAUUCAAGUUUGGCAACACAGCUGUUACCACCGCUUCUCUUUCCCAUCCUUCUUCCAGUGGCUUUGUAUUUGGCCAAACUUCAGCCCCGUCAAAGACUCCGAUCAGCUCUAGCGAAAACGUCAGUGGUGGGUUCAAGAUCGGGCUCAGUACUAGUAGUGCCUCUGAGGUUGGUGGCAUUAGUGGUUCUUCAUUGUCACAGGCUAAAACAGGAGGAUUUGUGUUCGGUGCUGCCACCUCUGGUAGUUCAGCAUCCUUAACGGACAGUAAAGUGUCACAAGGUUUUCAGUUUGGCACUUCAGGGGGUGAUGUCAGCAGCACACCACUUAGUGGUAGGAGCAUUUCCACCCCUGAGACCUCUUCACAAACUUCUACUGCCACUUUAAGAAAUGGUGAUGAAAGUACGAGCGUUAAAGAAUCAAACAGUGCUGCCUCCACAGUACAAGUGGGGUUUCAGUUUGGGAGUAGUUUCAGUUCAAGAGUGGACAAAUCCCAGAGUCAAAAGCUUGAGGAUUCCAGCAAAGGAGGUUCAGGUUCUUGUCCUGAGCAGCAACAGAAGCUUGGCUUCGGCUUCUCAUCUUUGACUUCAUCAUCAUCGCUAGCUCCUUCGUCAAAUCCUCCUUCAAACUCCUUUUCACCUCAAUCACCAUCUAUGAACAUAAACCCUGCAGAUCCACCAACUGCCAAGCCAGCUCCAGGCUUAUUCAGCUUUGGUGCCACUACACCUGGUGCUUCUGCAGCUAAUACAAACACAGGGCUAGGCAUGGGGAGAAGCUUCAGUGACCUUUCUAAUUCGACCCCCAUUGUGAAUGGAAGAUUUGGAUCAGGCCUGGAUGUGCAGUCUCCAAAAGACAAAACUACUCAGGGUGGACUGAAACCUUCUGAAGGAUUUGAUGUUGGUGCACCAGCAGCAGUAUUUGGCGGUUUUGGUCAGCCAGCAGUCACUGCUCCAAGUUCUACCACCAGUCUAUCUCAGACACUGUCUUCUUACAAGAGAUCUGUAGAUUUCUCAGAUUCUGAUGCUUCAAGUGCAAAGUGCUUAUUUGGAGUUGGCUCUGCAAACAACGAGGCGGCUACGAAUGGACUGUUUUCCUAUGGAACAUCAAGUGCAACUGCAUUUGGCUCGGUUACAACCCCAAGUGGCCGCAGUUCUUCAGGAGGCUUUUCAGGUUUUGGUGUGUCCACCGCAGCCACGAAUCUGACUGGUCUUUCUUCUCCAGGUGGAGGCUUUCAGAUGGGUGCAGCAACAGGGUUUGGCCAGUCACCAGCCAGUUCUGUAACCCCAGCUGUGUCAGUCCCUACGUUUGGUUUCUCUGACAAGGCUCCUGAUGCUAGUUCUGGCCCAGCAGGUGGAUUUUCAUUUAGAAUGGAGGCACCAAACUUCAACUUUGGGUCAAACCAGACUUCCUCCGGAAGUUCAACGUUUCAAUUUGGUGGAAAACCGACUGAAGUUUUAGGCUCAGCCCAGACCAACACUCAAGGGUUGUUCCAGUUUAGUGGUGGCCCAGCACCUGCCGUGCUGCCUGCAGUAACUGAUGGACAAGCCUUUGGUGGAGCCCCUGCUGGUGUGGGCAGCUUUAGUAUAGGUUUCAACAGUUCAAGUGAAAACAGUGGAAGAAAGGUGAAGAAAGCUCUCAGGAGAAUAAAGAAAUAAUCAUCAUGCCAUGCCAGUGGUAGCAGCAACCUAGAGAACUCGUGCUCUUUGUGUCAGCCCAGCACUAAGACUGCAUAUAGUUCCCUCAAGUUUCAUCAAUUUAAAUGUUUUCUCUCAAACAUUUGAUGAAACACAGAAGCAUAUGAAAAUGAGGUUUGACAAUUGUAUUGAUUUCUUUUCUAGUGAAGACACCCAGGAUGUUGUUUUUAAAUAAAGCUGUGAUUGUAGAGGUGCUUUACUUAUAAAAUCCUCCUGACAUGGUGUGGAUUUUCAGGGGCAUCCUUGAGUCAUAUGUUAAAAUUGAUAAUUUAAUUUAACCCUAACUCUGGCAAGUGGUUUCAACAGGAAUGGCUGGGCUAAUCAGCCAAAACGUGCACAUGCUUUACAAAUCAAAUUUAUGGACUUAUAUCAAAUAAAAAACCCUACAAAAGUAUAUAUUUUCUGAAAGAUAAUUGAAUGAACUUUUAUAUUUUGCCAUUGAACAUAUGAUUUGAUUUAAUUUUCAAGGGGUUAUGUAACUUUGGAGUCCAAAAUGGCUGACAUAAAAAAUUUACAUGCUCAUUAACAUAUUCACCAAUCUAAUGCAUUUCCUGUUAUAAAAAAUGUGAGAUAGCAGAAAUAUGGGUUUUUCAAUUACCUUUCAGAAAAUGUAUAGUUUUAUAGGUUUGAGAAGAACAGGUAAUGAGUUAUGACUGUUUCAAUUUGUCAUGUGGUCUGUUUCGAGCGCAGCUAAUACUCGCUAAUUUUAUACCAUACUCAACAUAAAAACACUCUAAGUACAACCAUGUGGUUUUCAGCAAUCUGCUGGUAGUCUGUAAUAAUUAGUAUAGCAAAAGGAACCUACUUUACUCUAUAGCUCUCCUUUUUCUGCCCCUAUUAGACUCCCAAAGUAGUAGAAUCUAGAUCUAGUGUUCCAUUUGAAAGAGAAGUUGGGGCAGGAUGAGAACUGGUACAUGUAUCCCCAUUGUCUGUCAGAUCUAAUCCCAAUCUUGACUGAACACCAAUAUAUCCACCACUAACAGUGUCUGAAUUACUUUCCCUAGUCAAUUCACUUUCAAAUGUAUCUAAAAAAGAUCGAUUUUUGGCCAUUAGUGGCUUGUGAUUCAACAAGCUUUCAAAACAUCCCUCUGUUUUGAAAGCAAAAUACUCUUCUCCUAAGCCAGAAUGGUAGAAAUAUUCUGAUUGGUUGGAGAUUAGUAUUUUAGCCAAUCAGAAAUCACCUUAGGAAGCCCCAAAUAUUUAGUUGGAAGGCAGAAGCAGCAGUUUACUAUAUGGUCCUAUGAGAUCGGCCCUGCCAGUUUCAUGGCAGGAAAUGGGCCGAUCUAAUCGGCCCUUGCCAGAGUUAGGGUUAAACACCUAACACUAAUGGAUAGCCCUGAGAUUUUGAAAUUCUUAAAUCAGUGGUUUCUAUUACACAAAAUGUCUGUUAUUAUGUUUCCUUGCAAGUGUAAAAAUACACACACACGCCCAUUUUAAAAAAGAUUUGGGAGGGGGGGUGUUGGUUAUACACAUACACUUGUUGUACAGCUUUGUUGUUGUUACAGUUGGCUUAAAAAAAAAAAAAAAAAAAACAAUAUUAAAGUGUCAGUAUGUGUAUAUGAACAUGUUCAAUCAUUCUUUCCUUUACUCCAGCGCUCAUUCCCAAACUACUUGUUUCAGACAAACCUUGCCAGAUACAGUUUUGUAUAGGAAUUGACACAGUGUAGAGAAGGGCAGCAUGAGUUUGAAAGCUAUGUCCUGCUUUUGAAAGUAGUUUGGUUAGGCAGGUUCUUGUAUAGUUCCCAGCUAGAAGUGCCAUGAAAGGUUUUUUUUUUUUUUUAAUGUAAUAUUUUGUUGCAGUGAGUUAAUUACAGAGGCGUACAGCACAUCAUCAUAGUUGGUAUUUCUUCUCUGUCUGUUGGUCCAUAACAGAAUAUUUUACUUUGUAAUGAAUUUCAUUACGUACACAAACAAAAAAGGUAUGCCAACUUCCUGAGAGGUACUAUUGCCUGUGUCAGUAUAUUUAUUCAUUACUAUGAUUGCUGUUUUAUCCCUCAAGUGGUAAGUCUUUUAUGUUUGUGAGUAAAAAUGACCAGGAGUUCCCAAUUUCCAAUGCCCAGGUUGCACUUUUUAAGAAAAAAAAUAUGAAAGACACAGCUUUCAUCCUGAAAACAGAAGCAUCUUGUAGUCUCUGAAAAGCUAUUUUAAAUUUGGAGUGAACAAUGUACAGUCGACUCCUCGCGUCCCAGCACAUUUUUUUUAUGCAGGUCCCAAAGAUUAAGUUGAACUUCGGAUGAGCUUAUCUUUUUUUUUCACUCCUCCGACGACAUUAACUCAUCCAUGUUGACUGUAUUGUUUUUAUAUAUAUCAUAUUGCGCUUGUUAGCUUUUGGUUGAUCACUCCCCUUCAUCUGCCGCCGCCGCCCCCCCCCCCCCCCCCCCCCCCUUUUUUUUCCGACUUUCCAUGGUGGAUUUGGGGUAAUUAUCAGCCAGUAGGUAUAGCACAAAGCUCAUAGAAGGGAAAAUAGGUGGGGUCCGGGUUUACAGAAGAAAAGUUUCAUGAUUAUUUUCUCUUUGAGCCUGGUGUCCUGGUGGGGGACUGAUCUGCCUUGGGAAAGACGUUUGUUGUGUAUAUAGAGAGAUAAACCUCUAAACAAAGUGAGGAGUCCACAUUUCGAGGCUCCUUGUUUGUGUCUUGCUUUUUCCUCUCUUUUCUCGUUUAAUCAACUUUUAGAGCUUCUCAACUAUAUCACUUCAUUUGUGAUGCAUUUUGAUAAAGUUGAACUCGGAUUCAACGAAUUCGUCAGGCCUGGCCUGCAAUUUCGUCGAAUCCGAGUGUUCGUUAUAGUGUUCAUGUCUUGACUGGAUUUUUUCCCAGGUUCCCUUGCAAUUCCAUCUUACACAGGUUCGACUGCACAUUAAAAAAAUAUUGUGGUUUGAGUCAUUUAGGUAUAAUCAAUUAGGUAAUAAUAAGCCUUUGUCCAGAGCUAGUUCCUAGCAGGGAUAAAAGAUUAGAUCUAAAUCUUCUUAUAUAGAGAGAGAAAGAGUAAAUUGCCUCGAUGUCCUUGCAAAUGAAGUCUAUUACCUAAAGUUAAGUGAAAUACCUCUCAUUUUAUCACUACAUAUUUAAUCAUUAGAAAUCGGAAGGGAAAUAUCAAAAUAGAACUAAUUGCUGGGUUAAUGAAAACAAGAUGAUGUUUAGGGAAAUAUCGACAGGCCUUUGUUUAGAUAUUUAGGUCAUUUUGCUUGCGAGUAUACUCAUCUGUGGUCCCAUAGGUGUUACAAGCUACAUUUACUUAAUUUUUAAAACUGAGAAAAUUAUUCAUCUGUAGGGCAGGUAGUUUUUUUUUUUUCACUUACUACUACUUGUUUAAAUUAAAACUAAAGCACAUCUUGUACUGGUCUGUCCCCUUCGUUUUAUACAAGAAAAAUUAUAAAAUUAUGCAAACUGAGCCCAAAAAUGGGAAAUUAUGCGAUUCUGUUAAUUUUAACAAAGAAUGAUAAAGGAAAAUAAUCAGAUAUUAUGCAAAAAAUGAUAAAAUUUUGCUAAAUUAUGCGGGGUGCAUAACAUCACGGGGACAGACAGGUUAAACUUACGAAAUUUUUGUCCAACACUAGUGCUGGGGAUCGACUUAGAUUUUUGUUACUGGUUUUCUUAGCCAACCACUUGGAAGUAACUGGAUACAAUUGGGUAGACCUGGAUACAAUUUGGCAGACCUGGAUUUCAGGCCUGCUUAGUGACAUAAUCUUAAACCCAUAGUGCUGGUUGAUCUAGGUCCAGAUCUAAACUAGUUUAAAAAUGAAUUUGGCUCUGACUCACAGGGAUUUCCUGUCUGGAUUUGCUACUUGCAUUUCUGUGUCCCCGUUGCCAAUACUAUGCCCGAGUUCUAUAAGCUCUGUUGUGUCUACAUUUACUUCACCCCUCCACUGCUCCAUCUCAUAGAAAGCUGGCCCGAGCCUAGGGCCUGACUUAAACAAAGAAAGUCAUUCAUACUGGGAGGUUUCUGUCCAGCACUUGUCAAAUCGCAGUGUGAGAAAGUAGAAAGAUAGGGAAUCACAUUUUUAGAAUUUGAAAAGUUCCUUCAAGACAUCUACAUGAAACUGUACUAUGUCACUGAAAUCAGUCUAGAUAUAUUUUGCAGUUCACUCAUUAUCAGAGUUCAAUAAAGUAAAAUACUUAAGGAUUGUGAAUACAUGGUCUUCAGCUCAUAAGCUUGUCCUGGCGACAAAAAAAGUUUGUUGAUCUCGUUAUUUCCCAAAUCUGUAAUUACUUUUUACAGUGUUGCUUUUUCCUUUGCAUGUUCAUUGUCAUUUGCUUAAAAAUGUUUUUAAAAUGCCCCAGAGGAGGCUGGUCUUUCAUUAGGUCAUGUAAUAAAAGUUUGAUUGGAUUACAAAAG